UAGUGUGUCGGGUGGCAAAUGGAUUUCUUUUCCACAAAACUGACAAGGAAGCAGGCCGUUCACCGCACUCGGGGCUGGGUGAGCCCUUUCUGAAGUCAGCGUAGGACGCUAUCAGUAAACACAGACCCAUUCUGAACCGGAACAGACUCUGGCUUCUGAGGAGAUCCCGAGAGUCGUAAACGGACUCUGGAAGUAGUCACAGAUUUGGGGAGCUCAUUACCCAGCUCAGUCAUGUUCCUUCGCCGGCUUGGUGGCUGGAUACCUCGACCUUGGGGCCGCAGGAAAUCAGCAAAGGCUGACUUGCCUGCCCCAGAGCCCAGAUGGGUGGACAGCUCCCCGGAGAAUUCAGGGAGUGACUGGGACAGUGCCCCAGAGACUAUGGGAGAUGUGGGGGCUCUCAAGACCAAGGAUUCCGGGACACGGAGGACCCCUGGGGCUGCUCCAGAGCCCAGCACGGAGGUCAAGGUGCAUCGACUGGGGAGCAGAACGGAUUCCCUCAAGCGGGCCAAGACGGUCGCUAGCACUCAAGAGCCUGGAGGAGCCGGUCCCAAGCUGGAACAGGAUCCUGUGGGCUCGGGUGCCAUGAAGAGCCUUGAAGUGUCCCCUCAAGGGAGGCUAGGCACCACUGGACCAGAAGCCCUACCGGAGAAACCUGGUCGGCGGCAGAAGCUGCUGCGUUGGCUACGGGGGGACCCGGGGGCCCCCUCACAUUACCUGCAGGACCCGGAGGAGUAUCUGCAGAUCUCUACCAACCUCACCCUGCACCUGCUGGAGCUACUAGCCUCAGCCCUGCUGGCCCUGUGCUCUAGGCCGCUGCGAGCCGUCUUGGAUGCUUUGGGCCUUCGAGGGCCUGUGGGCCUCUGGCUGCACGGGCUGCUGUGUUUCCUGGCUGCCCUCCACGGGCUCCAUGCUGUCCUGAGCCUACUCACUGCCCACCCCCUGCACUUCGCCUGUCUCUUUGGCCUCUUGCAGGCCUUGGUGCUGGCUGUCAGUCUCCGGGAACCUACUGAGGAUGAGGAGACCACUGACUGGGAGACUGAGGGGCCAGGGAGGGAAGCCAAGGAGCAGGGAGAAGGCCCAGGAAGGCUGCCAUGACCGGGUGAGGCUGGGGGCAAAGGUGAAGGUAGCGGCGUGGCCUUUAGGAGGACAGUGAGGAGACCCAGGUUGUAAGCAGUGACCUCAGGGAUGGGGAGGGGACGCAGGGGCACAAAGGGACAGGCGCUCCUGUCAUACAUCGACAGACACGGCUGUUUAGGGUGUCCAGCAAUGCACAAUGGGGCAUCCCCACUGGAGUCACCAGCUGGUGUUAUUUCUGCUUUUCCAUUUACCCACCGAUUUUUUAAAAUUCCCACCUCCACUUUUCAAAAGCAAAACGAAAUAAAAAUAAAAGCAGUGGUGGAGAAUGAAGGCCAAAGGGUCCUUUCCAACCUCAGGGGUGGAUGAGGCCAGAGGCAGAAC